AUGCGUCUUACCGUCGAGCUCAUCCAAAAUUCGCUAUCAUACAUCAAUCCGCUCACAGACCGCGAGCUGGAUCUCCGAGGUCACAAGAUCCCCACAAUUGAGAACCUGGGUAUCGCCAAGGAUCAAGAUGCGAUCGACUUCACCGACAACGACAUUUCCUCCCUAGGAAACUUCCCUCAUUUCCCCCGCCUCCGCACUCUCCUACUCGCCCGCAACCGCAUCAGUCACAUCCAGCCGACACUAGCAACAUCUAUUCCUGGCAUUAAGACCCUCGUGCUGACAGCGAACAACCUCUCCGAGCUAGCGGAUCUGGAUCCGCUACGCCAACUCACCCACCUGACCCACCUGACUCUGCUCGAGAACCCGGUGACGCGAAAAGAGAACUACCGCCACUGGGUCAUCUGGCGCAUUCCCUCAGUGCGUUUCUUCGACUACCAAAAAGUAACCGACGUCGAGCGCACCAAAGCCGCCGAACUCUUCGGCACAGCUGAAGAGCCUUCAUCCCUUGCAUCGAAGAUUCUGGGUGUCAAGUCCCGCACGUUUGACGUUCCCGCUGCUACAUCUGCUCCGGCUGAGAAGGGCGUCCGUGUACAAUUGACCGAUGCGGAGCGCAAGCGCGUGGAGAAGAUGAUUCGCGAGGCGAAGAGUCUGCAGGAGAUUACGAGGCUGGAGAAGGAACUUAAUGAGGGACGGAUACCCGGUGGUGCGCUUGGGGAUGCAGAUGGCGACCAGGCGAUGCAGAUGUAA